ACGAUUGUCAAAAAUGUCAUUGCCAUUUUCGCCGUCGCUGUCGUCGCCUUUUCAUAUCUUUUCAUAUCGCUCCUAGCUAUUUUUUUGCUGCUGUUCGCUGUUUCUAAUAGCCCGCCUCAAAGCCUCGAUUGUCGUUUUUCUUCUCUUAACACACUUCUUUCGCAUCGUAGUCGCUGUCGCUGUCGCCGUCGCCGUCGUCUUUAUCGUUGUAGUCGUCGUCUUUAUCGUCGUAGUCAUCGUCGUCGUCGUUGUCGUCUUUUUUAAAUGAAAACUUAUUUUUAUUUAUAUGAAUUGUUGAAAAAAACUUCUAACACAAAAAUAAUUUACAACAGUACCUAUCUUUCACUAUAACCCCGAAUUUUGUAUAUUUCAUCUCUUGAUGAUAAUAAUAAUGUCGAUGUCGGUUUUAGAAUCAAUUUCAGUUUCAGUUUCAGUUUCAGUUGCUUUGACGCUUAGUGAUGUAUUCUUGCCAUUGUUGUUGUUUUGUUUUUAAAUUUAUAAAUUAAUUAUACCUAUAGUAGUUGGCCAACAAACAAUAUUCGAUUGGUCGGAGUUUUAUACAAAUUUUCCAAUAAAUUCUCUCCGGGGUAUCACAGCAAAUAGACGUGUAGAUUUUUUUUCUAUAUAAUUCCAUGUUUUCCAUGAAUUCCAUGAAUUUGUUUUAUAUGGUUGUAUGCGCAAAAGGAAUGCGACUAAACUCAAUACCAGCCAUUCAACAAACUAAGUAAAAUAAUUGUAUAAAUAUUUGUACAUAAUGUACUAUCUGCAUUUGUAUAACAUUUAAAAAAAAAAUUAAAAAAUAUUUAAACAAAAUUUAAACGUCGUCGCAACCAACUAAACAAAAGACAAUUCCGUGUUUUUUUUUCAAAUGAUAAACAAAAAAGUUAAAAAAUUGGCACACGCUUUUUAGUUGUGGUUAAAAAAUAAAAAUAAUAAAAACAAUAAAACUGUUUUGUGAUAGGCUUGACAUUUGAGUGAAAUAGAAAUCUAUACAUUUGACAUUUGUGUAAAAUCUAUUAAAAAGCAGCUGCCUCUCAGAAGUGCCCACAGGUCAUGUAUCACAUCACCAAUCUAAACUUUAUCACAAAAAAGGAAUAUAAAAUUUAUAAGCACAAAGUUUUAACAUCAUUUUUUAGAGGCUUCUUCAUCACUAAAUUCUCUUGCUGACUCAAUUUGCAGAAUUACAUAACAAAAAUAUCAAUACAAAAUAUUCAAAAAAAAUCAGAAUUACAGUAGAAUACAUGAACAAAUCGUAAUUUUAAAAUUGUUGUUUAUAAGAACCAUUAGAUAAGCAACAACGAAAAAAAUUGCUAAGUAGAAAUUUUAUAAUUAGAAAAGUGAAUUUCAUACGAGAUAAAGUUCUAAAAAUGCCACUUUUUGGCAAAAAGGACUCGGGUAAAAAAAGUAAAAAAGAAACUAAAGAUCUCAACAAACAAAUCUCAAUUGAAGAUAAAUACAAUCUUCAAGGAUUACUUGGAACUGGUGCCUUUUCAGAAGUUCGCUUAGCCGAGAGUAAAGACAAUCCUGGCCAACAUUUUGCUGUUAAGAUUAUUGAUAAAAAAGCAUUAAAAGGAAAAGAGGAUUCACUUGAAAAUGAAAUUAAAGUUCUUCGAAGGUUCAGCUCCAAUCAAAAUGAUCCGGAUGGACCUAGUGGACCGCGACUUACACAUCCGAAUAUAGUCCAACUGCUGGAAACCUAUGAGGACAAAUCCAAAGUGUAUCUAGUGAUGGAAUUAGUUACUGGCGGUGAGCUGUUUGAUAGAAUCGUAGAAAAAGGGUCAUACACCGAAAAGGAUGCUGCCGAUUUAAUUAGACAGGUUUUAGAAGCAGUUGAUUAUAUGCACGAGCAAGGUGUUGUACAUAGAGACCUCAAACCCGAAAAUCUUUUAUAUUAUAGCGCAGAUGAGGACAGUAAAAUAAUGAUAAGUGAUUUUGGGUUAUCUAAAAUGGAAGAUUCUGGAAUUAUGGCGACAGCUUGUGGUACACCUGGCUAUGUAGCCCCAGAAGUUUUGGCACAAAAACCAUAUGGAAAAGCAGUUGAUGUAUGGAGCAUAGGUGUUAUAUCAUAUAUCUUACUGUGUGGCUAUCCACCAUUUUAUGAUGAGAAUGAUGCCAAUUUAUUUGCACAAAUCUUAAAAGGUGAAUUUGAAUUUGAUUCACCAUACUGGGAUGAAAUAAGUGAUUCUGCAAAACACUUUAUUCAAAACUUGAUGUGUGUCAAUGUAGAAAAACGAUAUACGUGCAAAAAGGCUUUAGCGCACGCAUGGAUAUCUGGAAAUGCUGCAAGCAGUAAAAAUAUUCAUGGAACCGUUUCAGAGCAACUUAAAAAGAACUUUGCCAAAUCACGUUGGAAGCAAGCAUAUUAUGCGGCAACGGUUAUACGUCAAAUGCAGCGUAUGGCUUUAAAUAGCAAUGCGGCAGGUAAUAGUAGCAAUACAGCCAACGUAGAGCCUUCACCUGUGACGUCUGCAAUGGAGGCAGAGCCAAGCAUAGUCACAUCAAAUGAAACUGAAUUAACAGCAGUAUCAUCAACACCAUCCGCCAAUGUUGCUGACCAAGAAGACAGCCAGAUGGAUUGCCAUGACACACCGUCAGUUGUGAAUGGGAGCACCCCGCCAAAAUAGAUUUGAAAUUUAAAAAAAAAAAUCUAAUAUGAUAUACCUACAUGAUUUCGCCCCUUUUUUCAUUUACAGUAUAUAAUUAAUAAUAUAAAUACAAAAAACAAACAAAAGGAAUAAUCAUAAGUAAUUGUUAUCCAUGCGAACUCGUUAAUUUGUUAUACUGGUAUAUUAUUCGAACUUUGUUAAUUUUAAAGAUAAAACUUAAAAAACAUAAUGCUUGUUAAGUAAAAAGAAAAAACAAAAAUGAAAUAAAGAGAGAAAAUAACUUCAAAAAAUUAUGUUCAAAAGUUGCACCGAUUUAUAUACAUAACUCUUCUACUCCUAUAUAAUACAUUGUUAUAUUUAAACAAAAUUUACCUAAUACCUAUUAUAUCAAAAUAUACGAAACUACUUACAAAAAUCUGCGAAAAUCUGUAGUUUCUUAACUUUCUAUUUACACACUCUCGGAACUUAUUCGAAGAGAUUAUAAAAUUUAAUUAAAUUUCAAAUAUCCAACAAAACAAAAUAAAAUCUAACUCAUAUUUUUUUGUAAAUAAUCUACGAAAACACAUAUUUUGGCUUCAAUAUUUAAAUAGCAGUCUCUUUCCUAUAGCUUUAGCUAUAUAUAAAAUAAAAUUUUUAAAAUGCAAAUUAAAGCUAAAAACUAAAAUAAAAACUAAAUUUAAACCGAUAUAAUAUAAUUAUUAAAGAGAGAAAUUUCAAAAAAAAAAAUGUUAAACUUUCUA